AGAAGAGAGGGAAAUCACGCGAGAAGGGAGGCCAUGCCGAAGCCACCGGUGGCGGAGCGGCCGCGGCUGACGCUGGAGGACUACGUCCUCUUCUUCGCCACCCACAGCGGCAACGGCCUCACCAUCCACCUCCUCAACCAGAUCCUCUUCAUGCACGGCUUCAUCAAGUUCCACAAGUCCAACAAGCCGGUCAUCGUCGACGCGCUCAACUCGCUCGCCCUGCUGCGCCCGCGCCGCUCCACCGUCAGCAUCAACGCGGCCGGGCCCCCGCCGCGCGCCGCGGCCUCCUCCUCCGCCGCCGAGCUCUCCGCGGAGGACGUCAGGCGCGACAUCGAGGCCCUCGGCUGGCGCGCGUGCCCCGUCGGCUCCGUCCUCGCCGUCCGCGCCGGGGCCGCCCCCGUCCCCGUGCCCCUCGCCACCAUGCCCCCGCCCGCCUUCCACCAGCGCGUCUCCCCGACCAGCGUGCCUCGGCGCGUCCCCGCUCCUGUCCGGUUCCCCUCCCGCGGCGCCCGCGGCGCCGGGCGGGGCGGCGGGGGGGAAGAGGAAGCACUGGACCCCGCAGUGCAGGGGGAGGACGGCGGUCAGUUUUCUGCCUUUGAUGCUAAUUCUGAUCCUGGUUACUGGUCCCACUCCUUGCUCAGUUGA